GCCGUUUUUAUACACGAACGCCUUCACUUCUCCCUCCUCCAUUUCAUUUCCCCACACCGAAGCACGCCGAGCUCAACAAAGUGCUCAGCUGCUUCUGCCCAGCAAACGCGAGCGGCGCCAUGGACGUGGCCAUGGCGCUCGCCAUCCUCUUCUUCUGCUUCCUCCUCCUCUCCUCCGCCGCCAUCGUCUUCCUCCUCAUCAGUCACUGUCUCGCCGCCUUCUGCCGCUCCCACGACCCCGAGGCUCCAUCAGUUCCACCACCACCUCAGCCGAUAUACGAGCUGACCUUGUCAUCGGAGGUGCCAGCUGCGGCCUGCAAGGAGCCGGGAAGCAAGAAGGAGGCGUUGGCGCCGUGGCGGAUGACGUGGCGGGAGGUGGAGGCGCUGACCGGCGGCUUCGACGAGGCGGCCGUGGUGGGGCGGGGCGGCUCCAGCAUCGUCUACCUCGCCAGGCUCCGGGACGGCUCGCCCGUGGCCGUCAAGGUGCACCGCUGGUGCGGCGGCGAGAGGAGGCUGCGCGCGUUCCGGCAGGAGCUCGACCUGCUCCGCCGCCUCCGGCACCCGCACAUCGUCGCCCUCCUCGCCUACUCCGACGACCACGAGGAAGGGGGUGCACUGGUCCUCGAGUACCUCGCCGGCGGUACGCUCGCCGACCGCCUCCACGGCGCCACGGCCCUUCUGUCCUGGCCCCAGCGCAUGCGGAUCCUCUACGACGUCGCCGGCGCGCUGGAGCACCUCCACGACACCUCCAGCGGCGCGCUUCCCGUCGUGCACGGCGACGUCUCGGCGUCCAACGUGCUCCUCGACGGCCUCGGCGCGCGGCUCUGCGACCUGGGCUCCGCCUGCGAGGGGUUCUCGGCCGCCGUGGCGCCGACGCGCGCCGCCGUGGGGUCGCCAGGGUACGCCGACCCGUUCUUCCUCCGCACCGGCAUCGUGUCCAACAAGUCCGACGUGUACAGCUUCGGGGUGCUGCUGCUCGAGGCCAUCACGGGCCUGCCGGCCGCCGGAUCCGGGUCGGACGGCACGGAGAACCUGACGGCACGGGUGCUGCCGCGUCUCAGGACGCAGGGGGUGGGCGGGCUCGUGGACAGCAGGCUAGGUGAGGGGUACGACGAGGAGGAGGCCGGUGACGUGGCGAGGAUCGCCGUCGACUGCCUGGCGGCGCAGCCGGGACUCCGGCCGACGAUGGCGCAGGUGCGGGCGGCCGUUGCGGAGAAGGUGGCAAGGUCCAUUGCCAAGGCUGGUUAUGGUCACCAUGUACAGCUCAGCAAGUUGCUGGAGCUCACAUGAUCAAUGGAACAAAUCUUAAUCA